GACUGCAGCCUGUGUGGAUUUUUCUAAAUGUAUUUAUGCACCUCGUCUCCGUUCCGCCUAUGUUAAUGAUUUGUGUUAGCUAUGUAAAUGUCCCUUUAGUUUAUUGUCGCCAACGUCAGCUCUUCCUUCUACCUCAACCGUAAGCGUAUUAUCAAGCUAUCUUGACUGGAUCCAGCCUGCCACUGAACUUCCCGUCACUGAGAAGAACGCAGACGGAGAGAUCGAGCAGCUGAAUAGGGAAUAUAGGGGUUGUCAAUGAGAAUACAGGUCAAUCUACACGAAGACCAGACGGGUAGACAAAUCGAUAUCAUUGUCUUCUUUUAGUCGACGAGACGGGUCUCGACUGGCUUGCUUACCAACCUGCGUUGUAUUCCUUGCUUGAGCACCUAGCUGCAGUUUGCCCCACUGUCGUCGAGGCUCGAUACAACCACUGGUGGGGGGGUUUAAUGGGAUCCUUGUUUCAAUAGAACUCAUUUCUCCCACCCCCCGACGGACCUUCGCUCGAAUCCGACUCGGGCGCUGUCUUCCCCGGGGGGUGCCGGUUUUUGCUCAGUCUGACUGGGGAAGGAGGGCGGCCCCCCCCAGCAUUGACUGUCGCUCUGGCCGACCCUAGUGGAGCCUAAUAUGGCAGGAAAUCUGAAGAAAGGCGGAGGACUGAUCGGGAUGAUGAAGGACGCGUUUCAGCCCCAUCACCACCUCCAUUCCCAUCACCAACCUGGGGCCGUGGACAAAAAGACUGUGGAGAAAUGCUGGAAACUAAUGGACAAGGUGGUGCGACUGUGCCAGAACCCCAAGCUGGCCCUGAAGAACAGCCCACCUUACAUCCUGGACCUGCUGCCAGACACCUACCAGCACCUUCGCACCAUCUUGUCCCGCUACGAGGGAAAGAUGGAGACGCUCGGCGACAACGAGUAUUUCCGCGUCUUCAUGGAGAACCUGACCAAGAAGACCAAGCAGACCAUCAGCCUUUUCAAGGAGGGAAAGGAGCGCAUGUACGAGGAGAACUCGCAGCCCAGACGGAACCUGACCAAGUUGUCGCUGAUCUUCAGUCACAUGCUGGCCGAGCUCAAAGCCAUCUUCCCCAACGGCCUGUUCCAGGGGGAUAACUUCCGAAUCACCAAGGCUGACGCCGCCGAGUUCUGGAGAAGAUCGUUUGGGGACAAGACUAUAGUGCCUUGGAAGGUGUUCCGGCAGGCACUGCAUGAGUUCCACCCCAUCAGCUCGGGCCUGGAAGCCAUGGCCCUCAAGUCCACCAUCGACCUCGCCUGCAACGACUACAUCUCCGUCUUCGAGUUUGAUAUCUUCACCAGGCUUUUCCAGCCUUGGUCAUCUCUGCUGAGGAACUGGAACAGCCUGGCGGUGACUCACCCGGGCUACAUGGCCUUCCUCACCUACGAUGAGGUCAAGGCCCGGCUGCAGAAGUUCAUCCACAAACCUGGCAGCUACAUCUUCAGGCUGAGCUGCACGCGGCUGGGCCAGUGGGCCAUCGGCUACGUCACUGCAGAUGGGAACAUCCUGCAGACCAUCCCCCACAACAAGCCCCUCUUCCAGGCCCUCAUCGACGGCUUCCGGGAAGGAUUCUACCUGUUCCCCGACGGGCGUACCCAGAACCCAGACCUCACAGGACUGUGUGAGCCAUCGCCACAAGACCAUAUUAAAGUCACACAGGAGCAAUAUGAGCUGUACUGUGAGAUGGGCUCCACCUUCCAGCUGUGUAAGAUCUGUGCGGAGAAUGACAAGGACGUGAAGAUCGAGCCCUGCGGUCACCUCAUGUGUACUUCCUGUCUCACCGCCUGGCAGGAGUCGGAGGGUCAGGGCUGCCCGUUCUGCCGCUGUGAGAUCAAGGGCACGGAGCCCAUUGUGGUUGACCCCUUUGACCCCAAGGACCCCAUAGGCGGCUCCUGUAGGGGCCUGUUCGGGGCAGAGGGCGCCCCCUCGCCCAGCUAUGACGAUGACGACGACGACCGGCUGGACGACCCCCACCUCAUGAUGAGCAAGCUGGCCUGUUCCAAGGUGGAGCGUCCCCCCUCGCCCAUGUCCCUGGCGCCCCAGUCCUCCCUGCCCCCCGUGCCCCCCCGCCUUGACCUCCUGCAGCACCGACCACCUAACCCCCCAGGAGCAUCCAGCCCCGGGGCCACAUCCAAGGCGUCCUCCCACCACAAGGACAAGCCUCUCCCCCUGCCCCCAGCCCUGAGGGACCUGCCACCCCCUCCCCCAGACAGACCUCUCUCUGCCGGGCCUGACGGGUGGCUCGGCAGACGGCCCCUACCCUGCACCCCCUUGGGGGAGCCCAAGCUGCCUCCGGCCCCGCCCAACCGCAACCUGGCCGACUGGAACCCCAGGCCAGUGCCCAAGGCCCCCGGACAGCCACCCAGUGUGGGAGACACGCGGGGGGUCCGGGAGCUCUCCAACAGACACUCGCUCCCCCUGGCCCUACCCUCAGUGCUAGACGGAUGCACCGACGGACAGAGGAACAACAGCUCGCUCAGUCUGGACCAUCAGCUGGAGAAGGGAGCCCAGAGUUUAGGAGGCACGGCGUCUGGCAGUCAGGCGUAUGACAACCCCAAAGUGAAGCCUUCAGUCUCGGCAAAUGCCAUCUAUGCUCUGUCAACAAGACCCCAUCCAGGUCUGAAGCCAGUGGCCGGGGAGGAGGCCUACGAGAGUGACGAGGAGUCCGACUACAUGAUCCCCACCUCUCGGCCCGUCCUGGUCCCCAUGGCAGACACCCCAGUCCCCAAACCCCCCCAGCCUACCUCUCUCAACUCAUGGCCCAUGCUGAAUGACCUGGAUGAAGGACCUCAAAUGUAUGAAGCCAUGUAUAACGUCCAGGUCCAGGCUCACCUGGCCAGAGACUCGGAUUACUCUGAGCUGCCUCCCUUGGCCAGUACCAAUUGUCCCAUCUGGGAGAUCCCCUGCCCGGUGCGGGAGCCCCCUGAGGAGGUAGAGGAGGAAAACGGCUACGACAUCCCCAAACCAGCGUUGCCCACGGCCCCGGCCCGACGCACCCUGUCCGAGCUGGGGGCCACUUCCAGCGCCGCCUUCAACCGUCUCUCCAUGGACAGCGAACCCGGAGCAUCCGCCUCCUUCUCAGAUUCCAGCGACGCCCCAGAGCGGCCGCCCAAGCCCCUCCCCCGACGCAUCAACUCCGAGCACCGGCCCAUACCUCCUGGAUUAGGCGGUGGUGGUGGCGGAGGGGGAGGAGGAGGUGGAGGAGUAGCCAACCCCCAGAUCACCAGUGAGAUCGAGCAUCUCAUGAGGCAAGGCUACACCUACCAGGACAUCCAGAAAGCCCUGAUGAUUGCACAGAACAAUAUGGAGAUGGCCAAGAAUAUCCUGCGCGAGUUUGUCUCCAUUCCCUCCACGGCUCACAUUCUUACAUAGUACCUCCUCUGCUCCUGCCCAGCUCAGCCCAAAGUCCAUCGCCUGCAGUACUAGCGCUUCAGUGCUAACUGGAGCCCCUGCAGUCUCCUGUCCGGCGCCCUCUCAAAACUAGCUCAUUCCGAGCCCUGCGCUUCACACGCUUUUUCAAGAGUGACCGGACGCCUUUUGUAAUGUGCUGCAGGGCCACUCUCCAGAUCCCAUGGGGGGAAGUGAUGAUGAUGAUGAUGAUGGCUCAUCGCACAACCGACGCUUCGACGGUCGUUUUCACGUCCUCUCGAAGGCCUCUACCGAAAUGUAAUCGACCCCCCCCCCCCCCAAAAAAAAAAAUAUGUGUGUCUAUCUAAGAAUUUAAUAUAUAACUAAAUAUAUAUUAAAUGUGUGUAAUGUUACAUAUAUAUUUCCAAUGAGUUCGGCUUCGAAGGUCUGUUUUAUUUCACGUCGUUCAUGUUUAAGGAUAGAUUGCAGAGGAUAAAGAUGGUGGUUCUUUGGGAGAGAAGCACCCUUCUGUCGUCCCCAGCCCUCACUUUGAAGAGAGCGGCGGGCUUCGUUUAGCAUUCAGAAGCAGGCGUUGCCUAGACUCACAGCAGAACAUUUGGCAACAUGUCAAAUAUGGCCUUUAUUAAUGCUUCGGUACUUCUGUGGGGGGAAAAGAAUGUGUGCGUGGUUUGCCUCAAAGUAGCAUGAUGUGUGUGUGUGUGUCGGGCCAAUGACCUGGCUAGUAGGGUUGGGACGUGAUUGGCUGACCUAGCUCACUGGUUGACCAUUUGACUUAAAACCCAGGUGAAAAGCAAAGCUGUGUUUGACUGUGUUGUUGUCUAUGUGCAUCAUUUUCUACGGUGGGUAGCAUUGUUUCCUACAUGGAACCACCCCCUAAUCAUCUCGUCCAGUGAUUCCGAUGCCCAGACUGGGAAGCCUGUGUUUUUGUUUUUUCAGUAAGACGUUUUUUAGAGGCAAGUCCUGGCUCUGCUGUCAGAGCCAAUCAAUCGAAGCCACCUGGGAGGUCCCGGUUGGCCCAUGUCCCAAUCCCUCUUCUGUGCAAAAUGAAUGUGGAAUUAAUAUAUAGCUCAGACGUUUUCGUUCUUCUUCCUCCUCAAAUGUAGUGCUCUCAAGCAAGAGUCUGAAUGGGAGAGGCAAAGUGUACGGAAAUGUAAUGGCGAGAGAAAAAGGAUUGAUGGAUUCUAAUCACGGCCCAGUACCGGGGUCAAGAUUCUAUAAUACUGACAACAGCUUAGACAUGAGGAGAGCUUCGUCUGCGAUGUGCCCCGAAGCUGUUCAGCGACGUGUCAUCGAUUACUUUAAUAAUAUAUUAUUAUUAUGAUCAUUGUUGUUAUUAUUCAUUCAGAAGUGCUUUACUGCUGCUACUAUUGUUAGUGCUAUACAAUUAAGCCUUACAUGUACAUUUUGUGAAUAUUGUUUAACUGCUCUUUGUUUUUCUUUUUAAAGUGACAGUAUCUCAUAUUGUGUUCUUUAGUUGGUGAUGUAGCAUACGUGAAAAUGCAAGCAGCUUGGGGUUGUUUCCCCCGUUUUUAGGAAAGUGUUGGGACUGGUUAGCCUUUAGAGGAAUUAUGAUGCCAUCGUAAAUGGCACUGUCCCGCAGAUUGACCCAAGCGGUAGGUAGCAUCAGCGAAACAAACAGUGUGAUUGAUGAAGCGUGUCAUAACUGGUUCAGAAAUCUGUAUUGUAGAUGCGCCUCCACUUUGAAUCUAAGAUUAUAAUUGUGCGAGCUUUUGUCAUUUUAAGGAUUGACUUAAUUGCACAGCUGCAACUAAGCCCAGUAGCUUAGUGAACGAGAACAUCUUGAGACGCACGCCCAAAACAUUGACGAGUCGCAGCCCCCCCCCCCCCCAAAAAAAAGGAGGGGUGGGGGGGUUCACAUUCUAUAUGACUCUUGUUUAUUUCCGUAAACCUUUUCGGUCACACAGUGAUGGGGUUCUAAAGAGUGUUUGCCUUUCUUUUUCCCAUAGAGGUAUUACAACCAGUGUUUGGGUCAACGCAACAACAGGGUUUGUGGACCUGUUGGGAGUGUGGGAAUUUUUCUCUCUGGUUUCCCCGAAUUUGUUAAAACACUCCUCUGUUGAACGAGGACUAACACAUCUUUCCUCUGUAACUGGGGUUGAAAUGUUACUGAAACCUUCCCAGAAUUCCCAGGUUUCCCAGAAAUCCCAGUUGAAGGAUAAGAUGGCCUCCCUGCCCAUUACCUCCUGAUUCCAGGGAAAAUGUUGCAAUCCUAAUCUGUUACUCAGAAAUACCGUUUUGUACCCUAACCAGACAAGAGUCUUCACAUGGACUGUUCAGACUCGUCUUAACUCUAAUGAGUUGGCAACGAAUUGUUAAACUAACCAAUACACUCAUUGAAUUUACAGCAGGUGCACCUCGUUCCUGUCUGUCUACGUGGUAGGUCUUCGUUCACUUUUGAGUUUUCCUGUGUUUUCAGAUUCAGUAGGGCCUUCGGAGUUUGAACGCAAUCCACAAACCUCCUAUUUUUAGGGAGCCCAUAACCGAUGAAUAUCCACACGUAUUGAAUUUACGAAAGUAGCCUAUUACUAAAUUGUCAUUAAAACGUGCAUAUCAUUUUGUGCUGACUUCUAUUACAUUGUUGGUUCAAAUGUUGUUUUUUUAAAGAAAACGAAAUGGCACUGGCUCACAUUCCUAGAUUAUUCUCUCCGGGACCGGUACUAAAAUGAGGUAUGUUGGCCCCUAAAAGGUGGAGAAGCUCUGUUAAUGGGAUUGCCACCAUGGGCUGUAGAAUCAUCGUAUAGGCUGUAGAAUCAUCGUAUAGGCUGUAGAAUCAUCGUAUAGGCUGUAGAAUCAUCGUAUAGGCUGUAGAAUCAUCGUAUAGGCUGUAGAAUAAUCGUAUAGGCUGUAGAAUCAUCGUAUAGGCUGUAGAAUCAUCGCAUAGGCUGUAGAAUCAUCGCAUAGGCUGUAGAAUCGUCGUAUAGGCUGUAGAAUCAUCGUAUAGGCUUUGGAAUCAUCGUAUAGGCUGUAGAAUCAUCGUAUAGGCUGUAGAAUCAUCGUAUAGGCUGUAGAAUCAUCGUAUAGGCUGUAGAAUCAUCGCAUAGGCUGUAGAAUCGUCGUAUAGGCUGUAGAAUCGUCGUAUAGGCUGUAGAAUCAUCGUAUAGGCUUUAGAAUCAUCGUAUAGGCUUUGGAAUCAUCGUAUAGGCUGUAGAAUCAUCGUAUAGGCUGUAGAAUCAUCGUAUAGGCUGUAGAAUCAUCGUAUAGGCUAUAGCUUCUCACCUGUAUCUCACAGUCUCCAGACUGGAAGAGGUUUGUGGCGUCUCUUUUUUUUGUUUCUUUUUCUUCUGUUCCUAGUUGCCUUUUGAGGGAAACGGUGAAGUCACUUUUGAAUGAACCACCUUCAAUAGGGAUUGUGAGGUUUCAGAAUGGAACCACGUAUCAUUUAAUGUUGGUGACUGUACUGAUUCUAUGUAUGUAUGUAUGUAUGUAUGUAUGUAUGUAUGUAUGUAUGUAUGUAUGUAUGUAUGUAUGUAUGUAUGUAUGUAUGUAUGUAUGUAUGUAUGUAUAGUGCCUUGCGAAAGUAUUU